GAUUUCCCAUUGAAAAUGGGUUCAGGGUAUAAUAAGUGCAAUGCAGCUGUAAAACCCAGUAAAAUCCGUCGUGAAGUCUUGAACAGUAAAAAUAUAUGAACCUACAUUUUGAAAUAUUAAAUUCAAAUUUAAAUAAAGCAUAAUUUUUUCGCAAAAUACUAGCUAAGAUUUCUAUGACGUUGUAUAGUUUCAAAUUUAGAAUUUAAAUUAGUAACAGUCGUGAAAAGCGCUAUCAUUAACCAGAGUGGCGCAAUAGUCGAUUUGUAAUGUUAGCUCGUGGUGGCAUGUUAUCGAUAGUCACUCUCUAGCGAUAGCGUUCGGUUAGCUCAACUGAUGAAUAGCGGUGGCGGCAAAGAAUUCAAAGCAAUAUGUCAGCGCCCGAACCAUAUAUAUUUUACAAUACCUUCGAGUGGUAAUGGAUUGGUUAUAAAUUCACAUUUAAAAUAUAUUAAUACGCGGAUGUAUAACUUUUUGUGUUUAAUUUAAAUUACUGUUAGUUAAUAGCUUAAUAAAUGCUACCAUUUCUAAUUAUCAACUGCGAUGAAGCAUAUAAAUUAUAUUGUUCAGAUAGGCUGGUAGUUAUUAGCGUUAAAAUGUUUCCAUACGGCAGACAAAUGUUAUUUUGGCGCUCGAUUCUCCUAUUUUCCUUAAUUGGUAUAAUAGGUGUAAGUCGCUCUUAACUCUUAUAACUGCAUGAAAAUAAUGCUCUAUUUGCAUUUUUAGACAACUGAUAAUUUUGAGUUCAAUAAUGUAGACUGUGUGACUUAUGGCAAAGAAUUUAUGGAAUACGAAUAUUGUUAUUUGAAGGCCAUUAAUCGCACCUACAAAUACAUGUCAUUAAAAACUAUUCUCCAUAAAUUGCCCAUUCGAAAUGCUAAGGUGGCGUUCAAGAUUGUAAAGCGUGACACCCGCAAUAUAUUAGAGCAUUAUAAUGGCUCUAUAAAUGCCUGCAAAUUUUUGAGAGUUGGUCUUAAUCCAUUAGCCUCUUUUCUAUACAAAACAUUUAAACCAUAUUCGAAUCUGAAUCACACAUGUCCUUAUAACCACGAUAUAAUACUGGACAAGUUGCCAAUUCAAUAUGUGAACAGUGUUGUAAAGAAUUUUAUUCCCGAAGGACGAUAUUUGUUGAAUCUAACGUUUUAUAUUGACAAUAUUGCGCGCACUGACGUCCUUGUCUACUUUACAAAAUCUUAAUAUAAUUAUUGCGCUCAUUGUAAAAUUAUGAUGUAUUGCAAACUCAGUUAUACAAGUCAAUU